UCCAAACAUUUUCAUUUUGAGUUCGUUUGCGGGCUGGUCAAGUUCAGUUUGGUUUCGGCGGCACUCGUUUGGCACAUCACGAACACGCUCAGAACGCGAGCGCUUUGUAGGACAAAAUGAAAGUGUUUCUGGUGGCCCUACUGGCUACGUUGGCGCUCACCCAAGCCCUGGUGAAGGAAGAGAUACAGGCCAAGGAGUAUUUGGAGAAUUUAAACAAGGAGCUGGCCAAGCGCACCAAUGUGGAGACAGAGGCCGCCUGGGCCUAUGCCUCCGACCUCACCGAUGAGAACGAAAAGAAAAAAAAUGAAAUCUCUGCGGAGUUGGCAAAAUUCAUGAAGGAGGUGUCCAGCGACAUACAGAAGUUCCAGUGGCGCAGCUACCAAUCGGAGGAUAUCAAGAGACAGUUCAAGUCGCUGUCCAAGCUGGGAUAUGCCGCCCUGCCCGAGGCGGAGUACGCCGAUUUCCUGCAAACGAUUUCCGCCAUGGAGUCAAACUUUGCCAAGGUAAAGGUGUGCGACUACAAGGACAAGACGAAGUGUGAUCUGGCCCUGGAUCCAGAUAUAGAGGAGAUCAUAAGCAAGAGCCGCGAUCACGAGGAGCUCAAGUACUAUUGGCGCGAGUUCUACGACAAGGCAGGCACGGCCGUGCGACCCAAUUUCGAGCGCUACGUGGAGCUGAACACCAAGGCUGCAAAACUGAAUAACUUCACCUCUGGUGCCGAGCUCUGGCUGGACGAGUACGAGGACGCCACCUUCGAAAAGCAACUGGAUGACAUAUUCGCCGAGAUCCGUCCGCUCUAUGAGCAGAUCCAUGGCUACGUGCGCUAUCGCCUGAGGAAGUAUUAUGGCAACGAGGUGGUCUCUGAGAACGGACCCAUUCCCAUGCAUCUGCUGGGUAACAUGUGGGCACAGCAAUGGUCCGAGAUUGCCGACAUUGUGUCUCCCUUCCCCGAGAAGCCACUGGUCGAUGUCAGCGAAGAGAUGGAGAAGCAAGGGUUCACCGCCCUCAAAAUGUUCCAAAUGGGCGAUGACUUUUUCACCUCCAUGAACCUCACCAAGCUGCCGCAGGAUUUCUGGGACAAGUCGAUUAUUGAGAAGCCAACGGAUGGUCGCGACUUGAUCUGCCAUGCCAGUGCGUGGGACUUUUACCUCCAGGAUGAUGUUCGCAUCAAGCAGUGCACCCGCGUCACCCAGGACCAGCUCUUCACCGUCCACCAUGAGCUGGGACACAUUCAGUAUUUCCUGCAGUAUCAACAUCUGCCCUUCAUCUAUCGCACCGGGGCUAAUCCUGGCUUCCAUGAAGCCGUUGGGGAUGUGCUCUCCCUGUCCGUGUCGACGCCCAAGCAUCUGGAGAAGAUCGGACUGCUGUCGAAUUAUGUGCGCGACGAUGAGGCCCGCAUAAACCAGCUCUUCCUCACCGCUCUGGAUAAGAUCGUGUUCCUGCCGUUCGCCUUCACCAUGGACAAGUAUCGUUGGGCGCUGUUCCGCGGUGAGGUCGAGAAGGCCAACUGGAACUGUGAGUUCUGGAAGCUGCGUGAACAGUACUCCGGCAUCGAGCCUCCAGUGGUGCGCAGCGAGAAGGACUUUGAUCCUCCGGCCAAAUAUCACGUCUCUGCGGAUGUCGAAUAUCUGAGGUACUUGGUCUCCUUCAUCAUUCAGUUCCAGUUCUACAAGUCCGCCUGCAUCAAGGCUGGUCAAUACGAUGCCAACAAUCCGGAGUUGCCACUGGACAACUGUGACAUCUACGGCAGUGCAGCAGCAGGCGCAGCCUUCCACAACAUGCUCUCUCUGGGUGCCUCGAAACCCUGGCCCGAUGCACUGGAGGCCUUUAACGGGGAGCGCGUCAUGACUGGCAAGGCCAUUGCCGAAUACUUUGAGCCUCUACGCGUCUGGCUGGAGGCUGAGAAUAUCAAGAACAGUGUGCACAUUGGCUGGACUGCUUCAGAUAAAUGUGUGGCCUCUUAAUUUGUUCUCACACAGUUCAUUGCUCAAUAAAGUUUCUAAUUGCUUGACCAGUUUGAAAUUAAUUACACAAA